AUGGCUUUGGAACACACAAAUCUCUAUCAGCCUUAUGCUAGGCCAGAGUCAACGCUGGACUUUGGUGCUGGCGGCGGCGUCUCCGUGGUGCGUCGCAAUGCGCGUGAGCGCAAUCGCGUCAAGCAGGUGAACAACGGCUUCAGUCAGCUGCGUCAGCAUAUACCCGUUGCCGUUAUUGCCGAUCUAAGCGGUGGUAGGCGUGGCAUUGGCCCGGGCGCCGACAAAAAGCUGAGCAAGGUGAGCACCCUACGCAUGGCCGUUGAGUAUAUCAGACGCCUGCAGCAGCUCAUCGAUGAGAACGACCAGAAGCAGCAGCAGCAGCAGCAGCAGCAACAACAACAGCAGCAAUACUUUAGCAACUUUAACUUUGAGCAACAGCAGCAACAAUUCUUUGCGCAACUGCAGCAAAUGCAGCUCAUCUCACCAAGCGGCAGCAGCUGCUCCAGCUCGAGCAGCAGCUACUCAACUGCAGCAACUGCUGCUCCCCUGAAGCUUGAAUGCAACAACAGCAACAACAACAACAGCUAUGAAGACUAUCGCAACAAUUCCUGCAGCUCUGGCACCGAAGACGAGGACAUACUCGACUACAUCUCCAACUGGCAGGACAACAUGUAA